AAAGCAGAUCUUUGGCUCUUUGCCAGCCUCUUUUCCUAAUAAGAAGGCAGGAGCUUCUGCUGAGGUGCAAAGAGGUUGUCUGAAUUUCAGUGGCAUUAAGAUCGCAAGAUCCUCUCUCUUGCCUUUUUUAUCCUUUCUAGAAGCUAAAGGGGAGAGAGAGCAAGAAUGGUGGAAGCUUUCUGUGCUACCUGGAAGCUGACAGACAGUCAGAACUUUGAUGAAUACAUGAAGGCCCUAGGUGUGGGUUUUGCCACUAGGCAGGUGGGAAAUGUGACUAAACCAACAGUGAUCAUCAGUCAGGAAGGGGACAAAGUGGUGAUUAGGACUCAGAGCACAUUCAAGAACACAGAGAUCAGUUUCCAUCUGGGAGAAGAGUUUGAUGAAGCCACUGCAGAUGACAGAAACUGUAAGUCUGUCGUAAGCUUGGAUGGAGACAAACUUGUUCAUAUACAGAAAUGGGAUGGCAAGGAAACAAAUUUUGUAAGAGAAAUAAAGGAUGGCAAAAUGGUCAUGACUCUUACUUUUGGUGAUGUGGUUGCCGUCCGCCACUAUGAGAAAGCAUAGAAAGGUGAUUAGUUCCUGAUCUGGGGCUAGAGAAGGUCCAGAUUUUCUGUUUACUCAAGUCUCAGUGCUAUCCUGAUGUUACAUCAUGGCUGAUUACUAAUUAGAAGGUUAUCCUUGUGUGGAGGUGGAAAUGGUGAUUUAAAAACAUGUUACUCCAAGCAACUAGCCCAAUUUUGAGCUGCCAAUUUAUUGUGUUUUUAUAAAUUCGCAAUAAAUUUAAACCACAUUUUUUUAUAAAGAAGUGAAUACAUUUUAUAAUUUCUUUUGGAAUGCAAAUCAAAUUUGAAUAAAAAUUGUACAUAUAUGUAAAA